AUAAGCCCAUGAUUUCGCCCCUUAUGAUUGGGAAAACUGAAACUACAAAAUUAUGUUUUUUAUAUGCCUAAAACAUUUUAAUAUAUCAAUAUCUUUUCGUUUUAACCAUUUUUGAUUAAAAAAUCGUAUUUCUAAAUACAUGUUUUCUUCUUUGAAUACGACAAUAAUCCACGAAAUCACUGUUUUUACCCUUUUUUCGAUGUUUGAAGUCCAAGAAAACCAUCAGCGCAGUCGAGAACAUGAACAAUUUUCAUACAGCUGACGUGUUUUACAAAUAUCAAAAACAUAUUAAAAAAUUGGACAUGUUCUCCCUUGCGCAGAUGCCUAACAAUAGCAAAAACGAUCAACAAUAUUGCGGUAUUUUCGAGGAGAUCGGCAUCGUUCAAGUCGGAAACGAAUGCCGUUUCUGCGCGGGGCCUUCCGGAAGGGGUACCAGUACAGUAAACAUCGAGAAUGUAAACAAGUUUGUUCUCCACUGUGGAAUAUAAGCCUAGAAGAUCCAAGAACGAUGCUUCACACUUGUGGUUUCAACAAUGCCCAAGGCAAUUACAUGCUGCUUAUGCAGGAAAAGAUGUAAAAUUAACUUGAGGCGGAAGGUAACAGGAGGACCAUUCCUUAAGUAUCUUAAGAAAGCUCUGUGUCGUGACAUUUGUAAUGACGAUUUCGUUUGUAGUUCUUGUACAGCAAAGUUUUAUAAAUAUGGAAAAUCUACACGAACAAGUAAUCAUCAUGUCAGCAAUGUUCCAACAUCAUUUAGAAGCCCUAAAACUGUGAAUCUUCAAAUACUGUCUACUCCUAGAACACACAAAUAUUGUAUUGUAUGCCAAAAAUAUGGAAACAACAGAUGCCAUUUAAUAUCUAUACCUAAAAAUGCAAGGACUCAAGCGUUUAUUGAACAUGGAAUUUUUAUAGACUCUACAAAUAGAUGCUGUGCCAGUCAUAUAAAAGACAAAUAUUUUGAUACUGUAUCUCUACAACUAAUCAGAAGUACUAAGACAUCAGACUUAUUUUCCAGAUCAGACAUCACUGAUUUACUCCAGAAUGUUAGAUCAUUAAUGAAAACAUCGUUUCAUCUCAAUUUUGAUAUACCCUCUGUGUUGUCAGAUGCUAAUUAUUCCGAACUUACCGGACUAAAUAAAGAUCAAUUUGCAGAUCUUGCAUCAUACCUGGUGUCCGUUCGAAAUACUACAGUUAGAUCAACGCGCACAUGUCUUGGGGUAUUGCUUGUUAAACUGAAAACUGGAUUGUCCAAUGAACUGAUAUCAGUACUUUUCGGAUUGAAGAAAUCACAAGUUCAAAGGAGUGUACAUAGUGCCAGAUCUGCAUUGAUCGACAAUUUCGUGAAUAAAAAUUUAGGUUUUAACCACAUUACCCAUGAUAACUUCUGUAAAGACCACACGUCGAGUAUUGCCAAGGAACUUUUCACUACCAACAAUAAUCAGGCAGUCGUCGUUCUAGAUGGGACAUAUAUAUAUAUUCAAAAAAGUGGAAACUACAAGUUCCAGCGUAGGUCCUAUAGUUUACAUAAACAUCGACCUCUAGUAAAGCCUAUGGUAAUUGUGGGUACCGAUGGUUAUAUACUUAGUGUUCUAGGACCAUAUCUAGCAGAUGGCAAAAACAAUGACGCCGCAAUUACAAAACAUAUGUUUGCCAACAACUUACAAAACAUUAACCAGUGGUUCAAUGAUGGUGAUAUGUGUAUCGUUGACCGGGGCUUUCGGGAUUCUGUUUCUUUUCUUGAGGAGCACGGUUAUCGCGUUGAAAUGCCACCUUACUUGAAAAAGGGAGCAAAGCAACACACAACACAAGACGCCAACUUAUCGCGGCUAGUAACAAAGGUUCGCUGGAUUGUGGAGAGUGUUAAUGGCCGUAUCAAGCAAUAUCGAAUGAUGGACAAAGUGGUCCCAAAUACAUAUAUCCAUUGUAUUGGUGAUUUUAUACAAAUUAUUUGUAGCAUCUUGAACAAAUACAAAAAGCCUCUUUUGCAACCCACCGCAUCCUCUGAGGAAAUGGCUCGCAAAAUGCUGAUCAAAUCAAAGGAGGAGAAUCGUCUUCUUACUGAGCUGGAAGAACGUGGUCUUCUAAAAAAAAGAUCAACGUAUGUCACCAUUGACGCCUCUGGAGAAGAACUUGACGACUUCCCAAUUCUAACAAGUGACGAUCUCAGAGAUAUUACCUUUGGUAUAUAUCAAAUCAAGCAAGCUUGUUCAUACUCGAGAGAGCACAUGUCAGAUGACGGUGACUAUGAGUUACUUGUUUGUAAGGAGGACACUGGCUUGUUGAAAGUCAGGAUCCAAAGUCGGCAUUGUAGCGGUGUUUUGCAUUCAUUAUGGAUUCGAUAUGAUGUGUUUACUAUACUUGGAUGGUACUGUACAUGUAAGGUCGGGGCUAGAGUGGUGGGUUGUUGUGCCCAUAUUGCAAGUGUGUUGUGGUACCUAGGUAUCAUCCGCCACCAAGACACCAUUGAACCUUCUACUAAAGUGUCAUCUGUAUUAGAUGCUGCAGAUAUGCCGGAAACUGACACCUCAGAUAAUUCAGAUGAUAGCGAAUCAGUAACUGAGGAGUAAAUAUUUCAUUAUUUUAGCAGUACAUAGUAAUUACAUGUAUACUAACACAUAUAUAUGUGUACCAGAUAUAUGAUAUUCAUAAAGAUAUGUCUCUGUAUAUUCCAUCUAUUAGAUACAAUGUUUACUGUUUUAUGAAAUUUGCAUGUACCAUGUCUUUAGGAUCACACGUCAUAGCGAGAUGCAUAAAGAAAUGGACCUUGCCAAAUACCUUACAAUGUAUUUGUGCCUACUUUUCGGACAUCGUGGUCCUAGUCAGAGGGCAAUUACAAUGAAACUGUAUAACACUUUUACCACACAAUUAUUUUGUUCAUAAUUGUUGCUGUCUUGGUCAUAUGAAUCUUUAAGCCUGGUUUUAUAUGAAACCUUCUGUACCAGGACUCAGGAGUUAAUAUAAAAGAUUGUGUGUAUUUUUCAUAGAACUGAAGUUUCUUUAAAUUGCAAAGAUUUGCUUUCACUUGUGUGAUUGAAGAUUGUUAUAAUUUUGUCAUAAAUCUAGCCUUGGGACAGUAGUUGUGUCCUUUCUCUUGUUACUGUUUAUUAACUAUAUCCAUCCUUGUGAUUGGUCAUUAAACCCAAUAAUGCUCAUAAUUGUCAUUAAUCUUAUCAAUGCUCAUGAUUGUAAUUAAUCUUAACAAUGCUCAUGAUUGGUCAUGAAUCUUAACAAUGCUCAUGAUUGGUCAUUACUCUUAACAAUGCUCAUGAUUGGUCAUUAAUCUUAACAAUGCUCAUGAUUGGUCCUUAAUCUUAACAAUGCUCAUGAUUGUUAUUAAUCUUAACAAUGCUCAUGAUUGGUCAUGAAUCUUAACAAUGCUCAUGAUUGGUCAUUACCCUUAACAAUGCUCAUGAUUGGUCAUUAAUCUUUACAAUGCUCAUGAUUGGUCAUUAAUCUUAACAAUGCUCAUGAUUGUUAUUAAUCUUAACAAUGCUGAUGAUUGGUCAUGAAUCUUAACAAUGCUCAUGAUUGGUCAUUAAUCUUAACAAUGCUCAUGAUUGGUCAUUAAUCUUAACAAUGCUCAUGAUUGUUAUUAAUCUUAACAAUGCUCAUGAUUGGUCAUGAAUCUUAACAAUGCUCAUGAUUGGUCAUUACCCUUAACAAUGCUCAUGAUUGGUCAUUAAUCUUUACAAUGCUCAUGAUUGGUCAUUAAUCUUAACAAUGCUGAUGAUUGUUAUUAAUCUUAACAAUGCUGAUGAUUGGUCAUGAAUCUUAACAAUGCUGAUGAUUGGUCAUUACUCUUAACAAUGCUCAUGAUUGGUCAUUAAUCUUAACAAUGCUCAUGAUUGGUCAUUAAUCUUAACAAUGCUCAUGAUUGGUCAUUAAUCUUAACAAUGCUCAUGAUUGGUCAUUAAUCUUAACAAUGCUCAUGAUUGGUCAUUACCCUUAACAAUGCUCAUGAUUGGUCAUUAAUCUUAACAAUGCUCAUGAUUGGUCCUUAAUCUUAACAAUGCUCAUGAUUGUUAUUAAUCUUAACAAUGCUCAUGAUUGGUCAUGAAUCUUAACAAUGCUCAUGAUUGGUCAUUACCCUUAACAAUGCUCAUGAUUGGUCAUUAAUCUUUACAAUGCUCAUGAUUGGUCAUUAAUCUUAA